AUGUCGUCAUCAUCAGAACAGAAACCCAAGCCAUGUUGUGUAUGUCUCGAUGAAAGAAAAGAGAGAGACAAAUGUGUAUUAUUUCACGGAGUUGAUAGCGAAGAUUGCAAAUCAAUUCUUGACAAGUAUACCUCAUGUAUGAAGGGUUAUGGGUUCACACCUAACCCAAUUAAGAAUUGA